AUGGCUAAAAUUUCAAUCUUAGUAUUAAUCUUACUCCAAGUAAGCUCUUUCAUGGGCUAUGCUAAAGAGGUCUAUACUCACAAAAAACACCCAAAACAUCACCCAUCAGCCCCAACUCCAUCCCAUGUUCAAUCACCAUCAUCUCACUAUUUUGGUUCUCUCGAUCUAGAUCGUCAUCAUAAGAAACACCAUCGCCAUCACCCACCGGCCCCAACCCCUUCCACAAGUCAUUGGACAUCGACCUCCUCGGUUGAUUCUCUAUAUCUAGAUCUUGAUCACAAGAAAAAUCCUCCCCGUCAUCCAUCAACCCCAACCCCUUCGCCUAUCAAGCCUUCAUCUUCCUUCGCUAUUGAUUUUCUUGAUUUAGAUCAUCAUCAUAAGAAACAUCAUCGCCAUCACCCAUCAGCCCCAACCCCUUCCCCAAGUCAUUGGAGAUCUACCCCCUCGAUUGAUUCACUAUAUAUAGAUCUUGAUCACAAGAAAAAUCCUCCUCAUCAUCCUUCUACCCCAACCCCUUCUCCUAUCCAACCAUCAUCUUCCUUCCUUGUUGAUUCUCUUGAUCUAGAUCAUCAUCGCAAGAAACAUCAUCGCCAUCACCCAUCAGCCCCAACCCCUUCCCCAAGUCAUUGGACACCUACCUCCUUAAUUGAUUCUCUAGAUCUAGAUCAUCAUCACAAGAAACAUGAUCCACAUCAUCCAUCAACCCCAACCCCUUCCCCAAGUCAUUGGACAUCUAUCUCCUCGAUUAAUUCUCUUGAUUUGGAUCAUUAUCACAAGAAAUCCAAGAAACAUCAUCACCAUCAGCCAUCAACUCCAACCCCUUCCCCAAUUAAACCUCCAUCUACUUAA